AUGUGGAACGAUGGUAGCAAAUCACCUGAAAUUCGAAAGAACGGCGAUAAAGGAAGUGACGAGUUAUUUUCGCGCUACGGAGAUUUGGACAACGUGCAGUUGGUUUUUGACCAUCCAACUGGUCGUUCACGUGGCUUUGGUUUUGUUUAUUAUAAAAAAGUGGAAGAUGCGGUGGAAGCAAAAGACCGAUUGACUGGCACCGAAAUCGACGGGCACAAAAUCAGAAUUGACUAUUCAAUAACGAAACGCCCGCAUACACCAACUCCUGGCAUCUACAUGGGCGCUGUUGACUCGCGUCGUCGCGGUCCACCACCGCGGUAUCGCCGAAGUCCCUCUCCAUAUCGCUACAGAAGAUACCGUGAAAGCCCUCCGGGUAGAUAUUAUGGCAGACCGUAUGAAUAUGACGAUUAUGAUCGUUAUUCGCCGCCGCCGUAUCGCGAUCGCUAUAGACGCACACCGUCACCACGCUACUACGAUGAUCGUCGCCGAAGACGUUCACGCUCGUACGACAGGGACUAUUAUUGA